AAUACGACCAAAAAUCUCUGCCCACCCUUGUGAUUUCAGCGGAUUUCCCGUCACGAAGCAAAACAAAAGCAAGCAAGCUACAUCCGCCCCCCAUACAACUAAUCUGGAUCGAUCUUCUUCCUUCCUUUGUAAUGGUGAAAACUGAAAAUGCAGACCUUGCAGAGCUAAAGAGGAUUAGUGUUUGGAGUUGGUGUAGUCCGUAAUCCAUCCAAGAGUUGACUGUAGAAUCUCGAAGCAGGCGAGCGGCAAAGAAUGGUGAAAGAGGAACAAAUCCAAGGGUUUACGGUGGGAAGAUUAUUAACAAGAGCUCGGAGGAAGAGGAACAAAUCCAAGGCGAGAAAUCUUGGGUCGUAGCCACCUUGGCGCUUCAUGGUGGCGAGAAAUCUAGGGUCAAAGCUGGAUUUGAAAUUCCAUGGAAUAUGAUUAGAAUUUCACAUAGUCUGUACAAUUCAAUAUAAAUCCAUUAACAAUUUUUAUUAUAUUUCACUACUUUGAUUACUUCUUUAUUAUUAUUAAAAUACUUUUUAUCCAUAUAAAUGUGAUUAACUUUUCACCUUGUAAACUUAUCGUAUCAAGUGUUCUAAAUAAUUGCGAAAUACCUCUUGAUUAUAUUAAAAGGAAUAAUUAUUCAAAUUCAAAACUCUUCUUACCAUAUUAUUGUUAUUAAAAUAAAUAAACUAUAAUACAACCAAAUAUGUAUAUCACCCUUUUAGAAUGUUUUUAAUUGGACUAAAAUUUUCUGGCUUGGUCUGACAAAUGUCUAGUCCCUAUGUAUUUUAUAACUAUGCAAGUCUGCUUUGAUCUUAUCUUGUCUGGUCUGUGACUGAAAAUAGUCCAAAUACAACACCCUUAAUAUUAAUUCAAAAAAUGAGAAGAUGAUUAAAUACUUAUUUAUUAGUUAAAACAAUAAUAAUUGUCAUAAAAUGCGAUUAGUAUGUUUUAGAAAGUCAUUUAAAGCUUUCAUAACUCUCAACACUUAAUAAGUCAUGUAUUAAUUUACAUGUGGGUCUCUUUCUAGGGCUUUUAGCCGCUAGAGCUUCGUUUUCUCCGCUCUCGGCCUUCCGAGGUGCGGCCGUAGGCAGGGGUGUUUUGGGAGCUUCGGAAGUUUGCUUUCCGUUUCGUUUUGCAGGUCAAAGGACAAAGGGCGAGCGGAAUCUUGGAGUAGCAGAUUUGAGCAGGGCGACCGGUGGUUCAAUUCGGGCGGAGAAUGUGAUGGGCGGCAGAAUGACGAAGGAAAGUGGUUCAACGAAGGAUGUAUUGCUGAACGGAGAGGUGGGUCAGAUGAAGGUUGCUCGGCAGGAAACCGACCUUGCGACGAAUGGGAGCAGAGCCUUUGGUAUUAGGGUUUGGAGCCGUGGCUUGUUCGUGUCAACAAUCAUAGUGAUGGUCCGACCUCCUCCCGAACCACCACCAGGGGACUCGCUUGGUGAAUCUAUGGAGGUGCUCGUGAAGAAGGAAAGGAAUUUUUAUUUAUCUGCAUUUUUAUUGUCGUUUUUGUCAUCACACUUUUAUUUGUUUUGUUGCUAUUAUUUUUUAUUGUAAGACUCUUGCAUUAAGAUCGGGUGAAGUUAGGUCUACUUCAAUCAUCUGUGGCUCAGGUUUGCCCAUUAAUGGAUCAGUGGGUUAUAUUGCUUGUUUGAAGGUGAUUAACUUCAAAUCUGGUUCGAAGGCUGACGGUUGCAUGUGAGUCCUUUGAGUCCUUAUUCAUUUUACUCACUUUCUGAAUGCUAAUGCUUUUAUUUCAAUAUAAGCCCCCCUCUUCCAAAAAAAAGUCCAUCUAUUAAUUUUUUUUUUUUGAAAUACCAUCUAUUAAUUUCUUAUUAAUGCAAUUUAGAGUUCUAUGGGGGUGGGAAAAUAGAAUUCUAUUUGGAAUCCCAAAUACGAAUAUUGGCUUAGGCCAUGGGGAUUGCAAAAUUAAGUCAUGCCUGAACAUCCUGACUUCAUGUUUGGAUGACUCUAAGAAAGUGGUCUUCGGGUUCGAACUUAAAGCUUG